AUGCUCCAUUUGGGGUUACCCAGCCAUGCAUACCAGGAGCAUGAGCUGGUCAUGAUGACCCCCGACAGUCGCACUGGUGACAAAGAAACAGCUGAGGGCGCCAGCAGCCUCAAGAUCUCUGACAAGUGCCGUUACAUCGGAUUCGCAACACGGGAAGCCGGAAGUGUGGGCGGAGACCGGGCGAGACCCCGCCCCUUCGGUGCCGGUGGCGGCGUCCGGCCGCUCGCUGUUGCGUCGCGCGGGCGCCUCAUGGUGACGUCGGCGUCGCAUAGCAACGCGGGGCGAGCACUUCCGGGGUGUUGCGUCCAGGGGGGAGUUUCCCGGGCGGUUUGUUGUGCUGGCUCCAGACGGGCCCGCGGCGGCGAUGGGCGGCGGCGGCCGGAGGAGCUGCCGCCCGUGCCCGCAGCCUCCCCAGGCGCUCCCCUGAUGGCGGCCUUCGCCGCCGCCGCCGCGCCGUCGGAGGGUGGCAGCGCAGGCGGGGCCCGGCCGGUGGUGGACGAGUUCACCGCGCCGGCGGAGAAGGGCGGCUUCCUGGAGCGAAGCCGCGGCGGCAUCGAGCGCCUCUUCCGGGUGCGCCUGGCCGUCGUGGGGGCGCUGGGCGGCGGGGCCUGGGCGCCCCUGGAGGCCGGCCGGCCCCGGCCCGACGACGGCCGCCGGAUCUGGCUCAGCCUCCUCGGCGAAGCGGAGAGCGUGCGGAGCGCGAAGGAAUACAUUAAAGGACUCUGCGAACCUGAAUUAGAAGAGAGGGAGUAUUAUCCCAAAGAUAUGCAUUGCAUUUUCGUAGGCGCCCAGAGCCUCUUCUUGAAUUGCCUCAUUCAGAAUACCUGUGCUGAUAUCAGUGUUGCAGAGAUAGGGAUGCUGAAUAUCAAAGGCAGUGCGGAGCCUGUGGUCAUGGCCCGAAGCCACAUUCAGCAGUUUGUCAGCCUCUUCAGAAAUAACGAAAACCUACUGAACAGCCGGGAGUCAGAAGUAAAGAAGCAGUUCAAACACCUUGUCGAGGCCCAUGCAGAUAAGUAUACAAUGGAUUUGUUGAUCCUACCAAGCUCACUCAAAAGAGAACUACUCAACCUUGCAAGGACCGAGAGUCACAAAGGGGAAGAGAAAAUCAUAGAUCUUACUGAGGCUGAUGGGACACUGGAACUUCUCCCAAAUGAAACCCAAAAACAGCAUGCAAUAAACUGUGAUUCUGGAACAGGACAGGAGGAAGCGCGAAACAAUGCAAGCACCCCAGUCACUGAGCUAACAAAGCAAAUGGACACGGUCUUCCCUCAGAGCCUAGAAAGGCAUUUUGUACCGAUAAAUGGUCUGACUUCACUAGAGACAUCUGUAGGCAAAGAGAGGCAGUCAUGUAAAAGGAGAUCCUCAGAAUCUGAGGAGAGGCUUCCAAAGAAACAGUUUUCCUUGGAAAACAAUCAGGAGAGCAAACGGACAACGUGUGGCAUGCCUGGGGGCGUGGUGGUGAUCAAUCUGGUUGCCAACAGAAGUGACGAGUCAGAGGACCCCAACCCAUGCCCUAAAGAAGGUGAUGAGAUAAGCGAGGAAAUAGAAUACAAGAUUUUGGUCAAUUUUUUCAAAAGCAUGGGCUAUCCACAGCAAAUUGUGGAGAAAGUGAUUAGCAUACAUGGACAGUUGGCAGAGCCACUCCUGCUUCUGGAAGAAAUUGUAAAAGAGACUAACAAGAGAGAAGAGAAGGCUGGUCAGGCGACUGGGUCACAAGCUGUGAAAAGUAAAGGCAGUCCCAGCACCAAACACCACCUAGACCUGGGCCAUAAUUCAGAGGAGCCCAGAAAUGCAAAACACGAUGUAGUAUCUUUUCCUGAGGCACAAUACAAGACUAAAGGCAAAUUGCACUUGCCCAACAGUGAAAAUAAAACUGCUCUUGCUUGUGACAAAAUUCCACCAUACAAAGAUAACUGCAGUCACACACACUUGAAUUAUUGUUCUGAACAGUCUCGCGUUCCCCCAAAAAGUGUGGUAGAAAGUGAUGGUCAUGUGAGUGCGCGUGACAAAUCUCAGGAGUUAGCACAAGAGAGGAAACCAAAAAAUACCAGCUUGGUAGCACGAGGGACCACGGAGACCUCUCGCCAGGCAGUUCAGAAAGAAACUGUGGUGGCUCAAACAUGCGCCGAUCAGUCGGCUGUGAAGCACGAUCAGAAGGACUGGUGUAACCCUUUGCAGCACAGAGCCGUACAGCUGCCUUCUCAAAAAGCGAAUCUUCCUGACCCUCCUGCUUCUUAUCUGGAAAGCAGGCCGGGGGUUUCGUACAGUCAUCAUAAUGAUCCUUCAGUCACGGGGGUUCAGAGGUUUCUGGAAUCUUUGAAAAUCCCUUACAAGCUGGAACUGAAAAACGAGCCAGGCAGAGCACACUUAAAGCAUAUCAUCAUUGACGGCAGCAACGUUGCGAUCUCUCAUGGUCUAAACAAGUUCUUCUCAUGUCGGGGAAUUGCAAUUGCAGUUGAGUAUUUCUGGAAACGUGGCCACCGAAGGAUCACUGUGUUUGUCCCACAGUGGCGAACAAGGCGAGAUCCUUCCAUCACAGAACAGCACUUCUUAUCCCAGCUCCAGGAUGUUGGUAUUUUGGCCCUCACCCCUGCAAGGGUAGUAUUGGGAGCCAGGAUUGCAUCUCACGAUGAUAGAUUUUUGCUCCACCUUGCUGAGAGAACUGACGGGGUGAUCGUUACCAAUGAUAAUCUCAGAGAAUUUGUGGAUGAAUCAACAGCCUGGAGGGAAAUCAUUCAAAGGAGGCUCCUGCAGUACACUUUUGUUGGGGACUUCUUCAUGGUUCCUGAUGAUCCUAUGGGGCGGAAGGGGCCGCGAUUAGAAACCUUCCUUCAGGAUGAGCCCCAUGUCAGGGGCGUUCCGUCACAUCUCGGCCUGGCAAGCGGAGGACUUCCUCCUCCUGGCACACCACGCUUCCCGACACAGCCCAACGGUAGUGAACAAUCGGCAACCAGCUCGCUAUCCAGUCGCUUACCUGCCUUCUCUGUGUUCCCACCGCCACCCCUGCCCAACACAGCUGUCCCCCCACUUCCAAGAUCUGCCGCAGAAACAAUCCAUUUGAAAGAAGCCUUGAAGAAAAUAUUCCCUACCUCAGAGCAGAGGGCAAAGAUUGAGGAGAUACUCGCUCAGCAUCCCCACAUGAGAGACAUGAAUGCACUUUCUGCCAUGGUGCUUGAUUUAGGGUGAUGUGACACGAUUCAGAACCCUCAAAUUUGCAGUUUGGAUUGUUAAUAUAAAGAUGGUUCUA